AUGCCAAGACAACUUCACUGCCUAAAUGGAGGAUUUGCGCAGAUUGUUGAUGGACUGCAGAUUUGCAGAUGCCUUGAUGAGUUUACUGGGAGCUUCUGUCAGCAUCGAAGCUUCAGCAAUCUAUCCAUCUCGGCUCCGUCCCAAUUUGCCUCCUACUCUGCCUUUGUUGCUCUGGCAGCUCUAGUUUUACUAGUCACCAUGCUAUCGACACAUCGCCAUUUACGAAGAAAGAAACAACCGCACUUUGAAACCCAGUUCAAUCUGUAG